AACAGCCACAACCAGAGGAGCCUCUGCCAUUUUCUGGGAUGGAGCAGCUGUACCCAACUUCUUUGAACACCAGCCAGACUUUGAUAGAGCUGAGCCUGAACUUGAAUAAACUGGGCGAUUCAGGAGUGAAGCAGCUGUGUAAGGGACUGAAACAUCCAGACUGUAAACUGCAGACACUAGGUUUGUUUAGCUGUGAUCUCACAGCUGAUUGUUGCGGGGAUCUCUCUUCUGCUCUUGGUAUGAAUCAAAUCCUGACAGAGCUGGACCUGAAGUGGAAUCACCAACUGGGAGAUAAAGGAGUGAAGGUGCUUUGUGACAGACUGAAACAUCCAUGCUGCAGACUUAAGAAAAUAAGAUUUUCUUGGUGCAAUCUUACAGCUGAUUGUUGUAUCGAUAUCUGCACUGUUCUCAGUACAAAUCAGAUCCUGACAGAGCUGGACCUCGGGGAGAACAACCUGGGAUAUUCAGGUGUGAAACUGCUCUGUGAAAAACUGAAAUACCAAAAUUGCAAGCUCAGGAAAAUAAGGUUGCGCUAUAGCAAUAUGAGUGAAGAAAUAAGGAGAGAGCUGAGCGCUGUGGAAACAGUGAACCCUCAUCUGGUCAUACAGCUAUAAUGUUGUGCAGCCCAAGAAGGGCAAUAGUUAACUUAUCUUCAGGGUGUUAAGGAUUGUUUCCACUGGGUGGAGCAAUUGAUAGUAUGGGAAGUAUACUGCAAUCUUGUUUGUUUUUUUUAAAAAAAAAGGCAGAGUUUUGUUUGCCUGAUCACGAUAAGAGAAAAACAGCAGGCUGUUCCUUGCUAGGAAAUCCCCAAGUCUGCUAUGUAGGAACUUGUGCCCAAGAAGACCUGUCUCUUUGAUUCCUCUCAGGGUCGAGUUCACAACUUUUGCUGGCUUGCUCACUCCAACACACACAACCUGCAGGCAGUAUCCUACUCCCUACAUUUGUGUGUGUUUUUUCCCCAUAGGUUUUAUUUUUUUCCUGCCUUGUUUUUAAAAUAGAAAUUCAGGUCUUUGGAGGCUGUGCAGCUGCAUCUACUCUAAGAUGUUACAUGAUACUUCCGUAAUGUGAUGCUCAAAGCAGUGCCUCUCCGUCACUGGCAGCAAUGGUGGGAGUGGUAACAGCUGUGUAGUAAAUCUUCACAUUAGUUAAGCACUGAUUUGGACAAAGUGUGGUCAACUAUACAUUCCUUCACUACUACUGCCCCAAGGCAAUGAGAGAUAUACCGGCUGCUCCAAACCCCAGAAGAGUGCAUAGCACGCGACUGGACCAGUGUAUGAGUGGCUCAGUCUGCUGAGGAGGAGGACGACAACUUCCCUGAUGACUUUUAGCCCAGUGGUUAGGAUACCCACCUGGGAUGGGGGAGAGCUCCAGUUCAGGCCCCCUUCUCCCUCUCAUGUGGAGAGGGAUUUAAACAAGGAUCUUCCACAUUUCAGGGGAGCGUUCUAGCCACUGGACUGAGGGGCUCCCUCAGUCUUUCCUGUUGAAGUUGUUCCACGUUAAGUAAAUAAUUAAAUAUUAGGUGAGCCCAGAGAAAGAGUUAGGAUAUUUCUAUGCCUACUGGUUAGGGAUACUCACCCCAGAAAGGGCUGAUCCCUUUUCAAAUGCCUUCUGCCUGUCAGGUGGAAGGGGGGACUUGAACUGGAGGUCCCCCACAUGCUGGUGAGUACCCUAUCCUCUAGGCGAAUGGCUGGGAGGGCAGGGGGAAUGCGGUACGUGGAGUGCCUCCUCCUGGUUUUGUUUCAGCCUCCGCAUGUGACAGUGGCCAAACACCUAGCUUCUCCUCCCAGUUCACAGAUCACAAGCAGAGAAGUCCAGACUACAGGGAGACACCUAAGUGCCUAUCUCCGAGAGAGAGGCAAAUCUUAGCUCACACCCCUCUUGUAAGCAUCUUCCAUUGGCUAGUGUAAGUGCCUCACCCCUGGCAAUGCUGGUUUUGUGGAACGCAGUCUAAGGCACCUCUCUCCCCCUGCUUCAUUGUAUAGGGAGCCUAGGUGCCGAACUCAGGCUUUGUGGAUCACAGUGUUGUUCCUGUGAUUUUUCUAGGCACCAUGGUGCUCAGUAUCUGUGUCCAUUCAUGGAUCCCACCCCUGGCUACUGAAAAUGAAUGAAUAACAAAAAACAGUCCAAAUGCUCACAGUGGCCAGUUGGAGUAGGGCCGGGCUCACAGGGAGCCUGAUGCUGAGAAAAGCUGAUCAUGUGCAAUUCCAGUUAAAGUCAAGAUUAAUCCCAGGUUGGGGGCCUAAUUUACUGGCAUUUCUCACUGGCAUUAAAUGAUUUAGGGCUACAGUUUAAAAGAAUAGCAGCUUCCUUCAGCAGUUCCUGUUGUUCUUAACAGGAGCUAGAAGCUAAACACCUUGAAAAUCUGGCCGGGUAGGUGUUUAAAAGGGAGCUGUUGGGUGCUGAGCUAACUCUAAAUCUUUAGUGAGAUUGAAUGUAGACAACCUCACUGUAGCAAAUUUUUUUGGUUCUGUGUUUUCUGUUAGUUUACUCUGAAUCAAUAGAAACAUAGAUUUAUUCACAAAGCUUUAUCAUUUGGAAAGAAAUGCAUUACUUAGUUGAAGGCUAUUCUGUUCACUCUGUUGCACUAAACCAAUGUUAAAAUAAGAGGUCCUGGUUAUUUAUAGAUCACCUGAUUCAACUUUCACUGGGAAAGUCGAUGGGAGUUGGAUCAGGCUCUCCAUGAAGAAAUAUGGUCCUGCUGCAAUUAUUGUCCCUACCUAAUAACAAAGUGAACUAUGCACACUGGACGGAAAUGCAGAGAACUUCAUUUGUUUUAAUAGGGUAGCUACAGUUGCUUUGGGAUCUUAAGGGAAGAGAUGAUCGCGAUCAUCUCUAUAGCUUAUACUGUCCUGAGUUUAAUUUUGCAAACAUCUUCCUCUGUCAUUGUUUUUCUUUCCUGUGCUAUUUUGUUUAUGGAUUUUAUAUUAAUAGUCAUUUUAAAAAAGUUUAACUACUAAACACUUGUAACAAGAUGAAUA